AUGUCAGCAACAGGGCCGCAAUUCAGGCAUUGCGGGGCCCCAAACCGUCCCUGGCCUCUGUACCCCCGCGCCUGCGACACAGCCCGGGAGCACCGUCCGCCCGCGCCGGGCCGCUCGCCGCGCCGCUCGCCGCCUCCCAGGCCCCGCCCUCCGAGAGCCGGGGCUGCAGUCACCCCGCGGGCAGCGCGCCGAGGCCAGCGCGCGGAGGAGGAGCUCCCGCUGCAGGGGCGGGACGCGCCGCGCGGCCUUCGGGCGAGGGGCGGAGCCCGGAAGCAGGUCCGAGACGCCGCCAGGGAACACACCCGAGCGGAGGCACCGCGCAGCGACAGCCGCCCGCGGACAAGCCCGUUUUCAGUUUCGUUUCCUCCCCGGGAGCAGCGGCACCCGCCAAAGCCAGGGGGCUUGGACCCGCGCCGCGCCGCCCCUCCGACGGCCCCGCAGCCCCCCGCAGCCCGCAGAGCCCGCAGAGCCUGUAGCCCCCCCGGAGCCCUCUCCCUCUGCAGAGCCCGGAGUCCCCAGCUCCCCCUGCAGCCCCCCGGACCCCUCUCCUUCUGCAGAGCCCGGAGCCCCCCAGAGACCCCGUCCGCCCGCAGAGCCCGCAGCCCCCCGGGCCCCCUCCUUCUGCAGAGCCCGGAGCCCCCCAGAGACCCCGUCCGCCCGCAGAGCCCGCAGCCCCCCGGGCCCCCUCCUUCUGCAGAGCCCGGAGCCCCCCAGAGACCCCGUCCACGCUCUCCCCUCGGGAGCAUUCAGCCGCCCAACACUGUCGCCAGCCCGAAAGCACUUCCUCUCCGAGGUCGCCGAGGCCGCGGGGAGGAGCCGGGAGGAGCCGGGAGGACCGGGGAGGAGCCGGGAGGAGCCGGGAGGAGCUGGGAGAGCGAGCGGCCGCCGGGAGCAGGACCGCGGGGCGGAGCUGACGGCCCAGUUAACCCUUGGGAGGACGGGGAGGCCUCAGCUCUGGCCGCAGGGGCCGAUCCCAUGGCCAAGACCCAGCUGAACGUUUGGCCCUUUAGGCUUCCAGGCCGCAGCUUCCAGCGUCAUCUUGACCACGUUAUUCCAAAUCCCCUGCCGCCUCCUUUUUAA